AUGGGCGACGAUAAAUUCGAGUACGAAGCUCUCCCGAUCCCCUCCUAUGAGGAAGCCACCGCUCAACCCUCCUCCUCCCGCGAUAACCUUGGCGAUGGCACCGAUGCCGAACGUCAGGGGCUCCUCGGUCGCCAGAACUCCCAUUAUCAGCCCCCAACCGUCGAAUCCGUCCGCGGUAGUCUAGAUGACCUUGCCUCGUCGAUAUCGGGGUCAUCCCGAGGCUCGGCGGAGGAGUUGCGCAGAGAACUGGACCAAAUGGACGUCGAUGACUCUGCAACAUCCUCCAGCUCACGCCCUCGAUUACGAUACCGGUUCUCUAAACGGUUUCCCACUCUUACCCGUACCCUGUCCGCGAUUCACCGGCCGUUACAACGAUAUCUCCCCAGCCUUCCGUCCUUCCGCUUUGAUUUCAGUGCCAACAAUAUACGUCAGCGCCUGAGGGAUCAAGGAUGUCUCAUGCUGUUGCGGCUUUUCGCCCUGAUGUUAGUCGUGACUCUGGUCUAUGUGUUUUUUAUUGGGGACAUCUUCAAUUUGAACAAUCGCAUGAUCAUGGGCCAAACAUAUAGUUCGUCGUCGGUCGAAAACUUUGUCCAGGGCAACAUCAACGAUACACAUAUCGCCGAAACUCUCAGACACAUUACCUCAUUUCCCCAUAUCGCCGGAACCGAAGGUAGCUUUUAUCUAGCGGAGUGGGUGGAAGAGGCGUUCCACCGAGCGGGAUUCGAUGCGGUCGAGCGAGAGGAAUUCCAAGUAUAUUUGAAUUAUCCGAAGGAUGAUGGUCGCAAAGUGGCUAUCAUCGAUCCCCCACAUUUGGUAUGGGAAGCGACUCUCGAAGAGAAUGAUUCCAAAACUCCAACAUUUCAUGGCCACUCCAAGUCCGGCAAUGUUACCGGUCCUUUAGUAUACGCCAAUUUUGGUUCUCGGGAAGAUUUCCAACUGCUCGCCGACCAGGGUAUCUCUCUCAACGGCACAAUCGCCCUUGUCCGAUACUACGGGACCGAGUCAGAUCGCGCUCUCAAAAUCAAGGCAGCCGAACUCGCUGGAGCGGCGGGCUGUAUUAUUUAUUCAGACCCAUCUCAAGAUGGAUUUAUUAAAGGUCCCGCUUUUCCAAAGGGACGGUAUAUGCCAGCUGACGGCGUUCAACGGGGCGGUGUUAGCCUUAUGUCUUAUGUUGUCGGAGACGUUUUAAGUCCCGGGUGGGCAUCUACCCCAGACGAGAAGCACAGGUUAUCUCUGGAAGACAGUCCUGGCCUACACCAUAUUCCCAGUCUUCCGAUCGCCUGGCGCGAUGCACAGCGGUUGCUACAAGCGCUGGAGGGCCAUGGCUCCAAGGUUCCCAAAGACUGGGUCGGUGGAGUACCAAAGAUCCAGGGCUGGUGGACCGGUGAUCAGGAUUCGCCUAUUGUGAACUUGAUGAACCUGCAGGAUGAGAUUAAAAGAAUGCCGAUCUACAACGUUCACGGAACAAUUCUCGGGUUGGAAGAGCGUGAUAAGAAAAUUAUUGUGGGCAAUCACCGCGACUCGUGGUGUAUGGGAAGUGUAGAUCCUGGCAGUGGCACUGCCGUCUUUCUGGAGGUCGUGCGAGCCUUCGGCGAGCUUCUCAACUAUGGAUGGCGGCCACUUCGCACUAUUGAAUUUGUGAGUUGGGACGCUGAGGAAUACAACCUCAUCGGUUCCACGGAACACGUUGAAAAAGAGAUUGAGAACCUUAGAAGCAACGCUUAUGCGUACUUAAACGUUGAUGUCGGUGUCUCUGGCUCUGAGUUCCGCGUCUCAGGAUCACCCGUUUUCGAGCGUACUGUGAUGCAAAUUCUAGGACGUCUCAACGACCCUAGUGCCAAUAAAACAUUGAAGGAGCUUUGGGAGGAGAAAGGAACCAAAUUCGAACCACUUGGUGCUGGCAGCGAUUAUGUUGCGUUCCAAGAUAUUGCAGGAACCUCGAGCAUUGAUUUUGGAUUUGAAGGAGACGCGUAUCCCUACCACAGCUGCUACGAGUCCUAUGAGUGGAUGGAGCACUUUGGCGAUCCCGGCUUCCAAUACCACAAGCUCCUCGCUGAGUUCUGGAGUCUUCUCUUACUGGAUCUUUCCGAAAACCCUAUGCUUCCGUUCGACAUGCAAGCAUAUUCUAGAUCCGUUACAGGCUGGGUCGAAGACUUGGAUAAAUUCACGAAGGAUAACAAGGCCGACGUCAAUCUGGAGGCUAUGUUCAAUGCUGCUUCAGAUCUGGAAAGUAACACUGCACAGUUUGAAUCUUGGAACCAGGUCUGGCAUGAUACUGUCUGGGGCUCUGGAGGAUACGAAACCAAUGUCAUGGCAAUUCAACGUCUCAACCAUAAUCUCCGGAUGGCCAGUUUCGAUACUCAUCUAUUGGAUCUGGAAAAGGGCGGCGGUAUUCCCAACCGCACUCAAUUCCGACAUGUCAUCUUCGGGCCUGAACUAUGGUCCGGUUACGAUGCUUCUAUCUUCCCAGCCAUCCGUGAUACGAUUAACACAGGCAACUGGACCCUUGCUCAACACUGGAUCGACCGUGUUGCCAACGUGAUCCACACUGCCAGUACGAAUCUCCUGCACUAA